AUGCGAAAGUAUUACCAACUUAUUCUCGUUAUAGUAUGCUUUAUGAGCAUAAUUACAUUGCUCAUAUAUCGCCAUGAGUACUACAGGCUAAGGUACGUGCUCGAAGUGUUGAAUUUCUUUGGCAAACCGGGCCUCUCGGAGAUCGAAUUCUGCGGCCCCGGUUUUAACGCGACUAUGUUAUCAGAAAUCCUUCGAAAUUCAUCGCUGGAGAUCCGCGAAACGCCACCUCUGUUUCAGCAGAUCGAUGACAAUUUCUAUUCUUAUUCAUCAUUCUUAAGAUCUUAUCAGAAGUAUGAAAAAUUAACGCCAAUUCAUCCUCACAAUAUUGACACUAUUGUGAUUGGCAAGGCGCACGUCCCACCUAAUUUCCGCUGCAACAUUUGGCUGGAGAACACAAGCAAGCCUAAAGCAGGGAGGUUUAACUACAAAAUUGUGUCUGAACCAAUCAAUGAUUUUCGUUUAUACAUCUUUCAAUGUUCACUGAACAAGGACUUGGGGAAGCCGAAAGGAAUCAGUUUCUACAGUAAUGAUUAUAAUAUCAACCCAAUACAUGCUCCAAUAAACAGAGUUAUUGAGGUGAACACUAAAAGAAAACCUAGGGAGAGAAGCAAUAUUAAGUUUGUAAACAACAUUGAGCCAGCCAUUUGUAUAAUACCAAACCAAGUGCCAUUAGUAUCAAGAGAUUCUUUCAUUGAGUUUUUAGUCUUCCACCACAUGAUGGGUGUAAAUUACUUCACAAUUUAUGACAGCAUGAUAUCCGAGGAUAUAAUCAGAAGACUGAACCUACUGCCAGCUGAUAUCACUCAGUGGAACAUACAAUUCUUCCCUCUUAACUACCCAUUUGUAUUUGCUAAGUCUUAUAACAUUGUAAGGAAUGCUAUUGAGCUAGAUUGUCUCUUCAGACAUUUUAGAAUUGACAAAGAAGAAACUGAGAAAGUGAGCCAUGCAAUGGUGAUGUCUUGGGAUGAGUUCUUAGCUCCUAGAGUUCAUAAUAAUGUGAAGGAAAUAUUCAAUGAUUUUGAUCCGACUAGGAAGUUUAAGACUUUGGAAGUGACUCCUCUAUUGUUCUGUUUGAACCAAGCUGAUGAUGAUAGAACAGAAGAAGGAUUCCCAGAGAUUAUGAAGAAGACACAUUACUAUAUUAUGUCGGAGCAAUUGAAGCCGGUUUACGUGAGGAACUUGGAUGCUAUGCCAACAUUUGAAGAUAUAUAUAGUGUUAAUUCGAGUAGUAAAGUGUUACCAAUAGAAAUACUAGCAGCACAUAAGUAUUCAGUGUGUAGGGACCCUAAAGUAUACAACCCCAGUGGGGGUGGGUACAAUGAAACGCAAAUGCAGGUUUUCCAGCACAAGUUUGAAGGAGCAAUGGUGAAGUUUGGACAGAGUUUAGUUAGCAACAAAGUCUAUAGGUUGUACAGGUCGGGAAAGAUUUGGGAGAAAUCUAGCAAUGAAUUUGUUAGGGAUAUGUUAUAA